AUGUCGACCGCCAGCGACCGUAAGAGACAGGCUACACUGUCUUUCAGUGGACAAGGUGUACGGCUGGCAGAAGACCCACAGCCAAAAAGGAAGCGAGCACCAAAAGCCAAGGACACGAGGCCAACAAAGCAAGCAGCCUUUGAUGACCUGGAGUACGGACAGGAUACCUUCAACAUGCCCGGCUUAUUCCAAUCAUUCAAAAAGGAAGAGGCGAGGCGAAGCGGCAUGGUAGAAUCCCAUAUCGUCUCACCGUCAGGAUAUGCGACGUCCCUGUUGCAUCUGCAGCUGCACUACCCAACGUUCACGACAAAGCAUCUCAACGACGGUCAGACGCUAGACGCGACCAACCGUUGCAUCCGAAUCCUCAUCGAGAAGGGCUUCGUGGCGAGCAACACCUAUUGGUUUGAAGCGUACUUCCGCCGUCUGAGCGCGGCGUCCGUACGUCACCUCGCGAAUGUUGCCGACGGGUGGAAAGAGGAAGUGAAACAACUGCAUGACGAAUUUGCCUACAGAUGUCAGUCGCUGUCGAAGAAGGUCCUACUAGUAUUUGGCGCCUUUAACAGAAAGCGCUUCCAUGAGCGACACAACGUGGAAAAUAUCACAGUUCGACUAUCAUGCGGCAGCACGACGCUCAUGGGCAUAGUGCGCAACAACGCCCAAAAGAUUCUGUUCGUCGUCGUGUACGCCUGGCAUCCGGAAUAUCUACUAAGGAACCGAACCACGGCAGUCGGUCGACAGUACGACGCAGCUUUGAACAUUGCUGCGGCAUUGAGCGGCGUAGACACCAAAGCAGGGUACUUCGAAGCCCGAGCAGCGAGAACGCAUGAGAAGAGCGGAAGAAGCCCAACCCAGCGCAAGUCGACGAUCUCUCAGCCCCCUCCAUCCCUAGCUCUCGUGACCGCCACAGACAUAGAACGAACGAAGAGAGCAUACGAGGUAGAGGCGCUCAAGAAAAGGCCCACCCGAAAGACGCUGCGAUAUCAACGAACCGUAUCAUACGACAAAAACGUGCCUUUAGACAACUACGGCCUGAACAACCAAGCUAUUAUCCAGGCAGCACAGUCAGACGAUGCCUUCCCAAGCGGCAAGAUUCUCUCCCGACCCACCAUGUUCGCGGAAACCUCCAACACCUACUUCUACCGCCCAUCAGAAGCCGCUAACGCAAGACAACCAACCACAACGAACUCAGCGCGUCCCAGUCAGGGAAGCCCACAGGGUAGCUGGGUGAUACAGCCGAUAGUGUCUAAGUCAAAAAACACCCUCAUCAACACUGCCGUCGUUCAUGUUGGCCGCAUCAUCAAGCUGAAGUGUUUGAUAUGUGGGUUGGCACCGGAACGAAAGCCCGUCACCGACCGACCAGAGUUCUGCACGCAAUCACACGUCGCCGGUCGAUACAUAGCAAGGGCCCAAGUCUGCACAACACCGAGUUGCCAGGUUGGGUGGAAUCCCGAGCCAGGUCGAUCGGGGCGGCGACAAAUGAUGAUACCACAGGAUCCGACCAUCGCGUACGUUAGGUCAGAUCAACUUCAGGAGCUGUUCUACUAG